AUGAAAUACUGGCUCCAACAGCUAGGGCUGGCGGUGCUGUGCGCAACGAGCGCGGCCGCAGCCACUGCCAAACAUGCGUACGAGUUCAAAUCCGUCGCGAUCACUGGAGGAGGCUACAUCACUGGCAUCGUGGGCCACCCGACUGAAAAGAACCUGCUAUACGCCCGUACCGACAUCGGUGGUACAUAUCGCUGGGAAAAGGGGCUGAACAAAUGGAUCCCACUCACCGACUUCAUCGGCGCCGAGGACGAGAAUCUGCUCGGGACGGAGAGCGUGGCCAUGGAUCCAACUGACCCGAACCGCUUGUAUCUAGCGCAGGGCCGGUACCUGAGUUCUAAUAACUCUGCGUUUUUCGUGUCCGACGAUCGCGGAGCGACUUUUACGAGAUACCGCGCCCCCUUCCCCAUGGGCUCGAACGAGUUGGGUCGGAAUAAUGGGGAGAGACUCGCGGUUAACCCGUUCAAGCCUAAUGAGCUGUGGAUGGGAACUCGCAACGCUGGGUUGAUGAAGAGUAGUGAUCGCGCGAAGACGUGGACGAACGUGACCAAUUUCCCUGAUGCGGCGGCCAACGGGAUUGGAAUCACGUUUGUUAUUUUCGACCCGCAGCGUGAAGGGACUAUCUACGUGGGCGCUUGCAUUCCCGGCGGAUUGUACUAUACGACCGACGGAGGAAAGACGUGGGAGUCCAUUCCAGGGCAGCCAAUGCAAUGGGAUCCGUCUUUGCUCGUCUAUCCCAACGAAACGCAGCCGCAGAGCGCAGGCCCGCAGCCGAUGAACGCAGUAUUGGCAUCUAAUGGAGCGUUGUACGUUACCUAUGCGGAUUACCCGGGACCAUGGGGAGUGUCCUAUGGCGCGGUGCAUGUCUACAACACGACAGCAUCCGAAUGGAUGGACAUAACACCGAACGCUAACAACACCUCUCCGAAACCGUAUACCCCCCAGGCAUUCCCGGCAGGGGGGUACUGCGGUCUGAGCGUUGCAGCCGACGACCCAGAUACCGUCGUCGUGGUCUCGCUCGACCGCGACCCGGGCCCAGCGCUGGAUAGCAUGUAUCUCUCCCGCGACGGCGGCAAGAGCUGGAAAGACGUCUCACAGCUCUCCACUCCACCAGGAAGCGGAGGAUACUGGGGCCAUCCGAUCGCCGAAGCAGCACUCGCCAACGGAACAACGGUCCCCUGGCUGAGCUUCAACUGGGGGCCUCAGUGGGGCGGAUACGGUGCACCCUCUCCCGUCAAGGGAUUGACCAAGUUCGGCUGGUGGAUAACAGCCGUGCUCAUCGACCCGAGCAACCCUGACCAUGUCCUAUAUGGAACCGGCGCAACGAUCUGGGCGACAGAUACCAUAGCCCGCGCGGAUAAGAAUUCCGCGCCGGAAUGGUACAUCCAGGCACAGGGAAUCGAGGAGACCGUCACACUGGCGAUGAUCAGUCCCCGAGAGGGAGCGCAUCUCCUCAGCGGAGCGGGUGAUAUCAACGGGUUCCGGCACGAUGAUCUCGACACGCCGCAGCCAAUGUUUGGGCUCCCUGUGUUUUCGAACCUGAAUACCCUUGACUGGGCGGGACAGCGGCCGGAGGUUAUUGUUCGCGGUGGGCCGUGCGGACAUCAGUAUCCGGAUGGAUGCGGCCAGGCGGCUUAUUCGACGGAUGGAGGGAGCGGGUGGACCAAGUUCCAGACAUGCAUCGCCGGUGUUAACACCAGUUCAACCAACCCAGGCGUUAUGACUAUCGAUGCCUCUGGAAAGUACGUCGUCUGGACGUCUGCCAUGUACGUCGUCUCGUCGUCUGUGCAGGCCGUGACCCCGGCAGCGAGUGACUCCGGUCCGUAUGCCUCGAACGACUGGGGAAAGACCUGGACAUCGCCUCGCGGGCUGACGGUGCAGACGCCAUACAUUAGCGCCGAUCGCGUACAGCCGAAGACAUUCUACGCUUUCUCCGGCGGAGUUUGGUAUCUCAGCACGGACGGUGGCCUCUCAUAUGAUGCCUUUAAUGCAACAAAGCUUGGACUGCCUGCCUCCACCGGCGCUGUCCCCGUCGUAAGCGUCGACAGGGCGGGUGAGAUCUGGCUAGCCCUCGGUAGCAACGGGGUCUAUCAUACCACCGACUUUGGGAAGCACUGGAAACUCAUCACGCACAAGGGAACAGUCGCCGACUUGAUCACCGUGGGUGCAGCAGCUCCUGGGUCUAAGCAGCCAGCACUGUUUAUUAGAGGCUCGCCUGGUCAUCCGGAGAAGAGUGCUUAUGGGAUCUAUCGGUCGGAUGAUAACGGGUCCACAUGGGACCGGGUUGAUGAUGAUACACAUCGUUAUGGAGGGUUCAAUCUCAUCCAGGGAGAUCCUCGAGUGUAUGGACGGGUGUAUCUGGGUACAGGCGGUCGUGGUCUUCUCUACGCAGAUAUUGUCGCCCAGCGAUCAGACAAGCAGGGGAAUGUACCAGGGACAGGGGGUAUUUGA